AUGAAAUAUAAGUAUAAUAUAUCUUUAAAAGAAUUACGUAAUAGUUUGAAAUAUAGAUCAAGAGAAUAUUUGUUGCAGAAUAGUUUACAUGGCAUUCCAUAUUUCGUGGAUACUACACGACCUAAAUGGGAAAGAUUAAUAUGGUUAUUUUUAUCAGUGACAUCAAUAAUAGCAACUUUUAUUACAAUCGUAAUUAUCUUGAACAAAUUUCAAACGCAACCAACAAUAACCGGAGUAGAUGUAUUAACAGAGCACAUUAAUAUCGAAUUUCCUCAAAUCUUUAUUUGCUUCGACUGGAUUCAUUUGAAUCAUUCGCAUAUACUUGAGAAUGAAAUGUAUGUAUACGAGGAAUUAUACAAUUGGAAUAUUGGAAAAUAUAUUGAUGUGAAAUCAUUUAAUCCAAUUUAUAAAAAUAAAAACAAUUUUCGAAAAAUUUUUAAAGCGAUGGAACUUGAUUGUGAUUCUUUAUUUAGUAACUGUGCAUACAGAGGAAUGAAUAGAUCAUGUAAAAAUAUAUUUACGAAAGUAUUGACUGCAGUGGGUAUAUGUUGUAAAUCUAAAAAUUUAGAGUCACUUAAAUAUAUAGAUAUUUCAUGGAAUCUUGAAUUUAAAAUCCCUAAUUCAAGUUUUCCUUUAAGAUUUUAUCUCAUGGAACAAAAUAAUUCGAGUCCAGAACCAGGUGAAAGAUCUCUUAUAGUAGAUAAAUCUCUAGAUAUAGAAUUUGUUGUUGAUAUAACAUAUACAACUUCUGAUAUUAAAUAUUUAUCUCUUCGACAACGACAAUGUUAUUAUAAGCAAGAGAGUAAAAAUCUUAUUGAUUGCGAAAUUGAUUGCAUAACCGAUAAACUAUUUAAAUAUUGUAAAUGUUUACCAUGGUUUUUAUCAUUUGUCGAUAAGACAGAAUGUCCAAUUUCAAAGUAUCCUUGUUUAAACAAUAUUAAUAUCGAUAAAACCCAAUGUAAUUGUUGGCCCUUUUGUGACCAUACAUCAUAUAGUGUAAAAAGUAUGAAAACAUUUGAAGGUAAAAAUAAAAAUCAAAUUAUGUUAAAAAACUGGCCAACAGCUCUCCAUAAAAGAGAAAUGCGAUUUGGUUAUUUAGAUUUACUUGUAUCAUUCGGUGGUAUUGCAGGCCUUUUUUUAGGAUUUUCUAUUUUUGUAGCUUUAGAAUUUGGAUAUUAUUUUACUCUUAGAACUUAUUGUGGAGCUGUAAUUCGAUUAUCUCGGAAACAAUAUAAUAUUAUGACCAUUUAUGUGGUAGAAAAAUAUCCUAUCCAGAAAGUAAAUACUAAUCCAAAAUACUAUAUAUAUCUCGACUAA